UCCUCUCUCUCUCUCUCUCUCUCUCUCUCUUCUCUCUCUCUCUCUCCUUUAAUUCUCUCCCUCUGCAUUUCUUUUCGAAGCUCUCUCUCUCUCUCUCUCUCUCUCUCUCUCUACGGCCAUGUCGGACGAAGAGCACCACUUUGAGUCGAAGGCCGACGCUGGAGCUUCGAAAACGUAUCCGCAGCAAGCAGGUACCAUCCGCAAGAACGGUUACAUUGUCAUCAAAAAUCGUCCGUGCAAGGUUGUUGAGGUUUCAACUUCUAAGACUGGAAAGCAUGGUCAUGCUAAAUGUCAUUUUGUUGGGAUUGACAUCUUCACUGCUAAGAAAUUUGAAGAUAUUGUUCCCUCUUCCCACAACUGUGAUGUUCCUCAUGUGACUCGUACUGACUACCAGCUGAUUGAUAUCUCUGAGGAUGGAUUUGUGAGCCUGCUGACUGAGAAUGGAAACACUAAGGAUGACCUGAGGCUUCCAACCGAUGAAAAUCUGCUCACACAGAUCAAGGAUGGAUUCGCUGAGGGGAAAGAUCUGGUUGUGACUGUCAUGUCAUCAAUGGGAGAGGAGCAGAUCUGUGCCCUGAAGGACAUUGGCCCCAAAUAGAUUCUUCUUUCGUUUUAAGGGCCUUGAAGUCUGAAGUGAGGCAGAUAUUAGUUUUAUUGAGAGGUUUUUUUUUUUUUUUUUUUUUUUCUCUUUUUAAAUGUUGGUUUGCCAAGCGGAGGCCACUGUUUCUGGGACAGUGUGUAUGAGAUGUGGUUUCCCUCUAUAUAUGACUUUGCAAUUAUUAACUAGCCGUCAUAAUCCAUAUUUUUUGUUACAUUUUCCCCCA